GGGCGGGCCGGCGCCAUGGUGCUGCUGCCGGUGCUCGGGAAGCUGCAGCACAAGCGCGUGGUGCUGGCCAGCGCGUCCCCGCGUCGCCGGGAGAUCCUCAGCAAUGCGGGCCUGCGCUUCGAGGUGGUGCCGUCCCGGUUCCGGGAGACGCUGGACAAGGCGGCCGCGCCCGGGCCCGCGGGCUACGCGGAGGACACGGCCCGGCACAAGGCGCUGGAGGUGGCGCGGCGGCUGCACCAGAAGGACCUGCGGACGCCGGACAUCGUCAUCGGAGCCGACACCAUCGUGGCCGUGGGGGGGCUGAUCCUGGAGAAGCCGGUGGACAAGCAGGAUGCCUACCGCAUGCUGUCCAGACGGCCGCCGUCCUGCAGGCUGAGCGGGAAGGAGCACAGCGUCUUCACUGGGGUGGCCGUCGUGUUCUGCUCCUGCCAAGACGGACGGCUGGUGACGGACGUGCGGACCUUCCACGAGGAGACGAGGGUCACCUUCUCGGAGCUGUCGGAGGAGCUGCUGUGGGAAUACAUCCACAGCGGGGAGCCCAUGGACAAGGCGGGCGGCUACGGCAUCCAGGCCCUGGGCGGCAUGCUGGUGGAGAGCGUCCGCGGCGACUUCCUCAACGUGGUCGGCUUCCCCCUCAACCGCUUCUGCAAGCAGCUGGCCUGGGCGCUGCCCGCGGGGGACGGUGAGCCCGGUGGUCAGCGCGAUGCUCCACAUGGCGGCGAGCCCGGUGGUCAGAGCAGCAGUGAGCCCGGUGGUCAGCACAGCGGCGAGCCCAGUGGUCAGCGCGAUGCUCAACAUGACGGUCCGCCGCCCCCGCCCGACCACCUGCUCCAGCUCCUGGACGGCUUCAAGGCCUCCAAGGCCGUGCUGACCGCGUGUCGCCUGGGGCUGUUUGACCUCCUGAGCGGGGGGGCCGCCCCCCUGAGUGCCACCCAGGUGGCCGACAGCCUGGUGGUCUCCCCGGAGGCGGCGGCGCGGCUGCUGGACGCCCUGGCAGCCCUGGGGCUGCUGACCCGCUCGGACGGAGGCUACAGCGCGCGGGAGGCGACCGGCCGGCACCUGGCAUCUCGGGGGCCGGGCUCCCUGCGGGGCCUGGCGCUGCUGCUGGACGGCCCGGCCUGGGACGCCUUCUCCCGCCUGGAGGCCACGCUCAGGGGCGCGCGCCCCCCCCUCGCACCCGGGAUCCCCUCGGCGCUGGCCCUGGACCCUCGAGAGCAGGACCUGGUGACCCACACGGACCCGGAGACCCGCCUCCGCUUCCUGGCGGCCGAGCACGGCCGGAGCUGGCUGACGGCCCGCCGGGUGGCCGCGACCUUCGACCUGUCCCGGUUCUCCUCCGCCUGCCACCUGGGGGGCGGCACCGGAGUCCUGGCCCGCGAGCUGGCCCGGCGGCACCCGGGGCUCAGGGUCACCGUGCUGGACCUCCCGGGGGUCGUCGACAGGGUCCCCCGCUUCCAGCCUGCCGGGGACCCCCACCCCGACCCCGGGGUCAGCUUCGUGGCAGGUGACUGGCUGCAGGCCUCCCCGCGGGUGGACCUGCAGGUGCUGAGCUGGGCGCUGCCCACCCUGCCACCCAGCCCGGCGCUCGGCCUCCUGGGACGGCUCCGGGAACGCUGCCCCCCAGGCGGUGGUCUCUUGCUGGUGGAGACGGCGCUGGACGAGGAUUCCUGGGGGUCCCCAGGGGCCGUGUCGUCCCUGCUGGACCAGCUGGUGGCCUCGGGGGACCCCACGCGCUCCCCCCGGGACCUUAAGGCGCUGCUGCGGGCGGCCGGGUUCGAGGACGUGCGGCUGGAGACUACGGACGGGGGUCUGGCCGUGCUCCUGGCCACAGGGGGGACAGGGGGACUCUAAAUGUGGCGGGGGGGGGGGGACCUCAGAUGUGACAGGGGACUUUUAAUGUAGUGGGGGGGACCUCAGAUAUGCCAGAAAGACCCCCAUAUGUGAUAGGGACCCCAAUUCAGCCCUCAGGAGCCUCCUCUGUGUCUCUGGGGUCCCCCCGUGGCGUGUUUCUGGGACAGGGAGGGGGUCGCCGAGAUUUCUAGGGGUCGGGGGGGAGGGUCUCGAACCCCAGCCGGGCUUCCGGAAGGUUCUCUGCCCGUGAACUGCUGCCCCCCCCCAAACUCAGGUGUUUUGUUUUUUUCUUUUCUUUCUCCAAAUAGUUCCAGGGGUCGCUUGCAGGCUGGGGGUAAAAAUUCAGAAAACGAUAAAAAAUAAUAAUAAUAAAGUGAAACGGAAUGAAAAUGGGAGGCUGGGGGUGGGGAAGGAAACAUCAGGAAAAAUAUAUAUAAAGUCAAAAUAAAAAAUACCGGUUGGAAAGAACGGGGGGGGGGGGAAAGAGAGAGAUCAAUAAAAACAGCUGGGAUGCAAAUUCCAGGGACGUAGGUCGGCUUUUCAGAAAAUCAAGGGCUGGAGGGGUCCCGGGAAUUCUGAACUUUCUUAGGGAAAAAACCCCAACUUUAUAAUAUAUAUGAUAAAUAUUCAUAUAGAUGCCACAAAUAUUCUAAUAGACACUAUGAAUAUUCAUAUAGAACAUUCAAAUAGCUACUAUAAAUAUUCAUGUAGAUAACACAUAUUCAAAGAGCCACUUGAAUAUUCAUAUAGAGUAAUCAAAUAGCCCCCAUGAAUAUUCAUGUAGAUAUCACAAAUAUUCAAAUAGCUGUUAUAAAUAUUCAUGUAGAUAUCACAGAUAUUCAAAUAGCUGCUAUGAAUAUUCAUGUAGAUAUCACAGAUAUUCAAAUAGCUGCUAUAAAUAUUCAUGUAGAUAUCACAAAUACACAAAUCGAAUGAAUGUUUAUAUGAAUAUAAAUGUUUAUAUAGAUAUAUUUAUAAUUACCAUAUAGAUAUUCUCAGUGUUUAUAUCAGUAUUAUAAAUGUUUAUAUAUUAUAAAUGUGUACAUAAAUAUAAAUGUUUCUGAUCAUCAUACAGAUAUUCGAUUUAAAUGUUAUAUUUAUGUAAAGAUAAAUGUUGAUAGGAAUAGUA